CUCCAUCUGCCAUGUCCGUCCUCCCUCCGGAUCUCAUUCAGUCAAUCGCCGAAGCAGGAGGCAUCCAUCUCAAGGAGGAUGUCGCCAAAGACCUCGCCAGAGACGUCGAAUACCGUGUGAGGGAGAUCCUCCAUGAGUCCAAGAAGUUCAUGCGCCAUGCCCGGCGAGACAAGUUGCUUCCCGAUGACAUCAACAUGGCUCUGAAGGUCCGCAAUAUCGAGCCUCUCUACGGCUACUCCAGCGGGCCGUUGCCUCACUUCAAGCAGAUGACCAACAUCACGCAGCCCACAUUUUAUUUGGAAGAUCCUGAGCUUGAUCUGGAUGAGAUUGUGCGCUCCCCUCUGCCCAAGGUUCCUCUCGAUGUGACCUACACAGCCCACUGGCUUGCUAUCGAUGGUGUGCAGCCAGCCACCCUUCAAAACCCCACCCCGGCAGAGAUCAAGUCCAUUGCUUCACAGCAGCCCCCAAGCAAAAAGCUCAAGGAGAGCAGCACCCGCACCCCUGCCGCGACGCCAAAAAGCGUCGACGAACCAAAGCUUGAGAUCGUCAAGGCGGUUCUUUCCAAGGAACUGCAGCUCUAUUACGACAAGAUCAUCGAGUAUCUGGCUGGCACCAACGAGGAUCUCAAGAAGAACGCCAUCAUGAGCAUAUCCAAAGACCCCGGCAUUCAGGCUCUUGUCCCGUACUUUAUCGAGUACAUCAAGGAGACGAUCACCAAGAAUCUCCGUAAUCUCCCGCUGCUCUGGUCCAUGAUGCGCUUCACCAACGCGAUCCUCAAGAACCCAAACAUCUUUAUCGAGCCUUAUCUCCACCCGAUUCUGCCAUGCAUCUUGACUUGCCUUGUGUCCAAGAGGCUCUCGGCCUCCCCUGCUGAAGAUCAUUGGACCCUGCGCAACUUCUCGGCGACCCUCGUCGCCUUCAUCAUCAAAAAAUUUGGAAGUAUUUAUCCCACGCUGCAGUCGCGCACCACCAAAACGCUCCUCAAGACUCUGCUGGAUCCGCUCAAGUCGCUCCCCACCUACUACGGUUGUUUGAUUGGCAUGGAAGCACUCGGCCCUGAGGUUGUCAAGGUCCUGCUCGUUCCAAAUGUCAAGACCUUUGGCGAGCUGGUUAGCCAGCAGGCCCUGGCAUCAAGCAAUGCACCCACCAACCCUGAUAUCCAGGACAAAGAGAAGGACAAGUGCCAUUCGGCUGUCGCUGGCAUCGUUGCUCGUCAUCUCCGGAGAGAGUUCCCCGACCAGUCAAAGCUCGCGGGUGUGCCGCCACACCUCCACAAUGCGGCUAUGGAAGAGGAGUUUGGCGUUUUUGGUGCUGCGAUUGCGGCGGCCUACCAAUCGACUGUGCCCGAAGUGCCCCAGGAAACCAACGACAUGGACAUGUCAUAAACUCUGCGGUACUGCCCCCACCCCUGUCCAAUAAAGCUGCCCGCUCUCGGGCCCCUGUCAUCCUGA